AUGAUGUCCGCUGAACCUGAGUGGAUUCGCACAGACAAUAGCGGCGCCAGGAAGACCGCCGAGAUCGAAUUUGUCAUCGACCUGCAGCUUCACGCACUCGAGGGUGGCAGAGUGAUGGAAACCAAGAUUGGCGUCUUGCAAACGGCCGACUGGGUUUCAAAUCGUCAUCUCAUUUAUGCUUACCAUCGAGGCUCGGGAGAGCCUUUUUGGUUCAACCGUGCGUACGAACCCCUCCGCAAAAGGGUCAAGCAGGCGGUAGACGCUUUCAAGAAGCACGGCCACAUUCUUCCCAUUUUCAAUCAGAGGGACGAGGAAGCCAUCCGCACAAGCCCACAUGGCAACUUGAUUGAUGGCUGGCUCUACUCUGACAACAACGAGCGCUUCCUUGAAUGGUCCAGAACUGCAGCACAGCACGUUGUCCAGAACCGCACGCCAUACUUGGUGGCCUCGACCGCCUUUGAGGUUGAGAUCCCCACUCAGGAUGCUCGGGGCAACGUGCGGCGGGAGCUGCAUAGACCUGAACUGCCUUUGGACUCCUAUCUGAUUGAAGACUCCAGAUACGCCAUCUACAAGGAGACCAACAAGGCCAACAAGGAUGUGUAUGUCGCCAACUGGGGAGUUGGUUUGUUUGCGUGGCCAGCGAGAUUGAGGCAAGGACUCAAGCCGCAUCAGAGAACCGAGCAGAAGCUGUGGUCCAUCAAUGAGCUCGCGUUGGUUCCAAAGCCUGCGUGUCCCGAGUGCAGGAAGAUCAACGUGGACGGCAUGAUCAAUUGCGUCCACUGCGGUCACCGACUCGAACCGCAAGGCGACUUGGCUAAUGCCCUUUCCACCUUCAAGGAAAAGGCUGCCGCCGCCCGGGAGGGCAGGCCGAUUGACUUCGUGAAGAUGUCCCCGAAUUAUGACAUCAAUACCAAUCGCCUUCGCUCUCAUCAACGGAAAGGGGACUUCCGCGAUGUGAACUCAGCAGGAUCCACUCUGCGUCAAAGGUGUCACCAGGUGAAGAAGAAAUCAAUCAACAACAAUGACACCACCGUCUCCGACGUGAUGCACAAACGACCCUUUGAGGCAUACAACUACGCUGCCAAGGGACUCAGUAUCACUUCUCUCGCCCAAAUUGAACGCCUGGCGGCUGUUCGUCUCCCUGACACGGGGAUGAUCAAGGACGAUCGCGACACACAUCAUCCAGAUGGUCGCAUCGCCAUGGCGUGGAAGAACGGCGAUCGGGAGAUCUCUCUGAACGAGGGCUGCCUCAUCAGCUUCCAGGACAAGUUUUUCACCAUUGAUGAGAUGGCAGUUAUCCUCCAUGCGGUCAACAAAACAAGGCCCCGAUAUCCCUUCACCAUCCUCGGCUACGACCGUAAGAGGUAUGUUUUUGACGACCGGGAGGUCAGUCUGCUGCUCGCAAAGCUUGCUGACUUCUUUACCAGUCAACUUCCUCUAUCCGUGCCAGAGAAGGAAAGAGAUGAUCGGCUCCAGUUACCCACCAUCGUGCUGACAAAGCCUCUCGACGAUAUUCCCGAGGGCCUCGCAGGAUUGGGGGAAAGGCAGCUAUUCGCCAUGAUCGAUAACACAAGAUUUGGCACUUACAGAAGAGAUCCCACUAAUGUGGAAAGGCGCCUACGCCGCUCCGAAGGGCAGACACGUGCUUCUGCACCGCCCGCCGGGAGGCGAGGCCGAUCUCCAACCGCUGCCGACACCGAGCCGAAGGCCAAAGCCGGGAGAGGACGAUCGGCAAGUCCAUUCGUGGGUCACGGCCGUGGAAGAUCCUCCUCUGCGAGACAACCAUCAUUGAUCGAGACGGAUCAGCCCGGAGUUUUGCUGGCAAGGCCUCCUCCACCACCAGUCCGUCAUGUCACCGAGUACAUCUCCGCCGAAGAGUGGGAUGCAAUCAGAGCCGGCACCUACGGCAACUUUGCACCCAGAGAGCGGACACGCAGUCGCACUCGUGACGACGCUGCUGCUCCUGCAGCACCGGAGGGAGGGAUCCCGGCCCCAGCAACGCCACCGGGAGGUGACGACUACCAUGGCCAGCAGUUCAUUGGGCUUCAGAACGUCCCCAGGUCUGCAGGCGAUGUGUCGAUUGGCCGUAUCCUCCAGGUUCGUGACCGGCUGCUGCAGAUUCUGGACGAUCACAUUCAGAAUCAUGAUCCUGAUUUCAGGUAUUCGUUCCCUUACGACAGCUCCGGCAACCUCUACGCACCUGGACGACCUCGCCCCAAUGGCUACUCACGCGCUGAGGGCUAUAUUUGGGCAGUCAUGAGCGCUCGAGACAACUUCCGAGUGCCGAUCGACAGAGUCGUUACAUGCGUCCCUGACGCUGAGGAUGCCAGCCGCUUUUGGCCCGUUCCUACGGUGGAACAGGUACACUGGUACCUCCGUGGCUGGUCUCAGCACUACGUCAUUGAUGGGCAGCGUCGGCAGGCAUACUAA